AUGCCUCUCUCACAGUCUUCAAUCAUUCGCAUGAUGGCCACUGCCCUGGCCACUCUAUUCGUCGGCUUCGGUAUCAACGCGAUUUUCAAUCCCGACGGUGCUCUAGCCAUCUUCGAGCUCCCAGCUCCACCAGCAGACCGGGUCCUGGUGGACAGCCUGAUGGCGGUGUAUGGAAUUCGAAAUGUUUUCAUCGGCUUUGCCAUCUAUGCAUCUUCAUUCUUGGGCACUGCUCGGUCUUUGGGCUGGACGUUGAUCGCAGCUAGCGCCGUGGCAUUUGGGGACGGGGCCAUUUGCUGGACGCAUGGACACGGCCAAUGGGGACACUGGCAGUAUGCACCCAUGUUCACCUUGCUGGGAAGCAUGAUUCUGGGGGUCUUUGAUGGGCCCUGGGCCUUUUUGACGGGGCAGAAAUAA